GGCACGGCACCGCACAUCACGUCGCGAAGAUAGCGGUCGGAUUGAAUGAGUUUAUAGCGCCUCGUGUAAUCGCUGGGUUUUGUGAGCAGUUACUGUGCGCCGUCGCAGGAAGCGGUAGCAAUGGCAACCAAGCUGGGGAGAAUUGCUAGGUUUCAGGUUCAGAAGUUGAAUGGGGAUCCUGCGGUCAGAUACUUUAGUUCACCUGCACCAACAACAAAGUUAUUUAUUGAUGGAAAGUUUGUUGAGUCUAAAACAAAAGACUGGAUAGACUUGUACAAUCCAGCAACAAAUGAGGUGGUUACUAGAGUCCCAAAGUCAACACAGGAUGAAAUGGAGGCAGCUGUGGCCUCAGCAAAAGAGGCUUUCAAAUCUUGGUCCAAUACCUCGAUACUGACUCGUCAGCAAAUAAUGUUCAAAUAUCAAGACAUAAUUCGCAAAAAUAUGGGUGAGUUGGCAAAAAACAUUACCACAGAGCAAGGAAAAACUCUUGUUGAUGCAGAAGGUGAUGUUCUACGUGGCUUGCAGGUGGUGGAACAUUGCUGCAGUGUGACCUCUUUGGCACUGGGAGAAACGCUACCCAAUAUUGCGAAGAAUAUGGACACACAUUCGUACCGCUUGCCACUUGGUGUAACUGCUGGAAUCACACCUUUCAACUUUCCUGCUAUGAUCCCAUUAUGGAUGUUCCCUGUUGCUACAGUUCUGGGAAAUACAUCAGUGAUAAAGCCUUCAGAGCGUGAUCCUGGUGCUUGUAUGAUGUUGAUGGAGAUGCUAAAUGAAGCUGGUUGUCCUCCAGGUGUAGUCAAUGUGAUACAUGGUGCACAUGAAUCAGUUAACUUUAUUUGUGACCAUCCGGAUAUUAAAGCCAUUUCCUUUGUUGGAUCUGAUCAAGCUGGCAAGUACAUUUAUGAACGAGGUUCACGAAAUGGUAAACGUGUACAGUGCAACAUGGGAGCAAAGAAUCAUGGUGUCAUUAUGCCGGAUGCGGACAAGGAACGUACACUAAAUCAGCUUGUGGGGGCAGCAUUUGGUGCAGCAGGACAGCGUUGCAUGGCCCUUAGCACAGCUGUUUUCGUGGGUGAAGCAAAUGACUGGCUACCUGACUUGGUGGACCGAGCAAAGAAAUUAAAAGUCAAUGCAGGUCAUGUUCCUGGCACAGAUUUAGGCCCAGUCAUCUCCCCACAGUCCAAAAAAAGAAUUUGUGAUCUUGUUCAGUCUGGUGUUGAUGAUGGAGCACAGUUGCUGCUAGAUGGCAGAGAUAUUGUGGUUCCUGGUUUUGAGAAAGGGAAUUUCGUUGGCCCCACAAUUUUAAGUGGUGUUAAGCCCAGUAUGAAAUGUUACAAGGAGGAAAUAUUUGGUCCAGUUCUUAUAAUUUUGUCUGUUGACACUCUGGAUGAAGCAGUGCAGCUGAUCAACAGAAAUCCGUAUGGUAAUGGAACAGCAAUCUUCACCACUAAUGGAGCAACUGCUAGAAAAUUCACCAAUGAAAUCGAUGUUGGGCAGGUUGGUGUCAAUGUACCAAUACCUGUCCCACUGCCAAUGUUCUCCUUCACUGGUACGAGAGGAUCAUUUCUUGGAGAUGCACACUUCUAUGGUAAACAGGGUGUCAACUUCUACACACAAGUGAAGACUGUUACCCAGAUGUGGCAUCAGAGUGAUGUCACACACAGCAAGCCUUCUGUUGCAUUCCCAGUCAUGCGAUAGAAAGUAUUUCUACUUGAAAUAAUUUUCAGCUUCAGUGAAUCUAGAACUGUUAAUUUAGAAGCUGAAUUCUCAUUGUUGUUUCACGCUACUAGAAAGGUUUUACCUAAGCAUUCAAAAGUUCAAGAUAUAUUUAAGUUUUGCACAGAAUAUUUGUGACAAAGAUUUCAUUCCACAGAAUAUUUCUUACCUAAAUUGAUGUACAAAUCAAUAGCUGUAAAGUGAAUGUUCGAUUAUUUAUCUUAGACUGAAUAUUGUCCCGGUGCUUUUAAGCGCUUAAUUUGUAUUGAUAAGUCUCACAGAAGUUUCUCUUCACAAGUUAAAACUUCUGUGAGUGUAUGAAACUACUUAGGCUAUUCAUAUAGUCCUUAUUUCUAGUUGUAUAUGACAAAUUCAUCUCAAAAUAGUGGCAUUACCUCAAGUACAUGGAUUUUAACUGUAAUAUGGUCUUACAUGCCAUGAACAUUCAGAGGCACAUGUUACUUCAAAAGUAAAUAGUCUUCCACAUGCGAACUUAAGACUGAAGAACCAGUCUUCCAUUGUAAAUAUGUUAAAGAAAGAAUUAUUUUUAAAGUAAUUUACAGAAAUGACUAAUUUGCUAUUGCCGCAAGAAAACAGUAAACAUUAUUUUUAAGAUGUUUCUGCCCAUUGAAUGAAGUAAGAUGAAAUGGUUUUAGAUAAUGUUCCCAAAUGUAUUACAUAAUUCUUACAGAAAGUGCUUUCAGUGCUCGUCAUUUAGUCUACAUUUUCCACAGAACAUGUAAUUUUUGGUACAUCAUAUUUACAUAUUUAGUAUGACACUGUAAUUAUAUUCUUGUAUCCAGACAAACCAUGUAAGAAUUUUGAGUGUGUGACAAUUAUUUGUAAAAAUAUAUUUUUGUAGAAAAUGCAAACUCCUCAUAAGAAGUAUGAACAUGUGAUUGAAUAAUUUGUCCAGACUUUACCUCAAACAUUCAUGAAAAUGUUUAAAAGUGAUCUUACAUGGCAUAAGUGUAUCUUCAGACUCACUUAGGGUACUUCUCUUCUUAUACUUGUAUAGAUUUGAAUACUUACAGG